GGCGAGCACAUCCCAGGAACCCCCCGAAAAGAACACUCCGAGCAAGAUGCGGCAACUCCUUUGGGCAUGCGCUUUGGCGAUCCUCUUGGCAGCUGGGCAGGCCAAACCCUCGGCGCACUUCGAUCAGCACUUCAAUCAGCACUUCAAUCCACACUUCAAUCCACACUUCAAUCACUUCGAUCCCCACCACUUUGAGCACUUGGAGCCGCUGCACGCACCCCUGCAGGCAGUGCCGGAUCAUUUGGAUUACGCGGUACCAUUCGCAGAUCCUUUCCUGCCUGCGCCUGCGCCACCGCCAGUCUUUGCACCUCCAGCACCUGCCUUUGGCCCUGCCCCAACUCUCGUGGCUCCUCCGCCUCCAACCUCAUUCAUUCCUGCACCACCUGUAUACGCAGCCGCACCGCCAGUAUUUGCAACUGCACCACUUCUACCCGCUCCAGCACCCCUUUUGCCCGCUCCAGCUGCCCUUCCCCAGUUUUUGCCAGCUGCCACGCCCUUCCUCCCCCCACCGGCUGAGCUGACCAUAACCCACCAGGUGCUGCCGCCCGUCCUGGAGGCCGCACCCUUUGCACCCAGCUACCGUGCGAUUCCCGGGCCAAAGACCACCACGCACCAUGUGUCCAUCGGCUACGCCUUCCCCAAGCUGCUCGCCCAGCCACACCACCACCACCAGCACGCCCAGCUGCGUGCCCUGCCCCUGAAGAAGCUGAUCCACAAACAUCACCACUCCCUGUUCUAG